GAACGUCAAAGGCCUUGCCUGUUUCAAGAACAAGCCGGCCAAGGAUCCGAAGGGGUCGGACGCGGGUGGCCAAAAGCCCGUCGGUACGCUUUUCAAGAAGCCCGAGGGCGACGCUGCUGCCGCGAAGAGGAAACCGACGGCCAAGGAGUCCCCCCAGGCCACCAAGAAAUCGAAGAAGGGGGACACUGCGAAGAAGGACCCCCCGGUGGUGAUUGUGGAUGAUUGCCCCGCCUCCGGGGUGCACGAGGAGAUGCUGGUGGCGAAGGUGCCGAGGGGUGUCCGGGAGCCAUCUCUUGAGGUCCUUACGCUCUCCCUCCCGGCUGGUACGACCGUGUUGAAUGGCACAGCUGACCCGAGGGCGCUUCUGAGAGGUAUAACCCUCGACAUUGACAGGGCAGCCCUCGAGGCCGAUGAUGACCAAUCCCUCGAGGACAGGAUCCUCCAGUCUUCCCUCACGACCUGCAUUGCCCUUGGGGA